AUGAAUUUCGAUGUACAAUCCAUGUACCAGGCGGUAAGCACCUUGCUAGAGAUAUUGGAGCGCGAAGAAGAUAUCCUGGAGGCAGAACGGAUACAGAAGUCGUUAGUACGGCAGUAUCUACUAGCAAAUAUUCGGUAUACCGAUGUGAUCUCCACUCUCACUUCUUUUGGCAAAUGUGAUCAUGGACAAGUUGGAAAGGGAAUUCGAGAAGUCCCGACUGCGACCAAGAGUGUUCAUACGAUACUUGGAUGA